CGAGAGCUUGCGGAGCUUUCCAUUCCGGUGCCGUAGUCCGUCUCGCGAACCUCGCGGUGACGUUACACACGUCGCGUCGUGCCGGUCACCGUGCCGCCCCGCCGCCGUCCGAGGGUGGCCCCGCGUCGUCGCUACAUCCUUCAGGGUGUCAACGGGCUUGCUGUAAUCCGGGCGUCGCGUUUGCCUGGCGUCGCGGCGCCGCGUUCACCGAUUGCGUUCGCGAGCGGAAUGCGCGCGGACGCUUCGUUACUGCUCCUGCGAGGGUUGAAACAUCCCCUCGGAUUCACUUCCGGUAAACGCGGGCCGGAAGACGCAGGUACGCGCUAUUCGAAUGUCCGACGUUGACGUUGAAAAGUGUGUGAUUGAUACAGCACUGAGGGUAUCGGUGAAGCACAGAAAAGUUAUUAAAUAUCAAUUUGACGAAAUUGACGAAUUGGAUGAAAUCGCAAGGGCUGUUCGAGAUGAGGAGAAAAUACCUCAAUGUUAUGGACUGAAGUAUAUAAAAGUUGAGCUGUUUAUAAACGUCAAAACUAACUUUAAAGAGUUAUUUGAACAUUAUCAACGAAAAAUCUAAAUCUGGAUGUUUUAUACCGGUAGCGACUGUUUGUGCGAUUAAUGAAACGCAUCGUAGUAAUAUAUCAGUGAUAUCGGAUCGCUGUAAAAUUGUUUGCCCUGCCCAUGAAUGAGGAACAGAUUAACUGGCAAGGAAGAUGAAAUGUUAGGAUAAAGAAGAUUCAUCGCCUCGUAAAUUGUGCAGUGUGAUGUUCGAAGAUUAAUCAAAAGUUCGCGUGUUAAUUAAGUUAAUUUAACUUAACUGUCUUUUGGCCAUCAUCUCAGUUAUUUUGCAAAACGGAGUGAAUAUGCAUUUGUGUGAUUGUGCGUUUAUAGUGAUUAUUGGAAGAAUGUGUCGAAUCUGUGCGUGAGGUUCUUCCUCUUUUGAUUUCUUCGAUUUCCAGGAGAUCUUUUUUCUUAAUGGACAUGGUGCGUGCAACGUUCAAAACUUAUUAAAACUUAAUAUUUAAAAUUUAAUUAAUUAAAAAAAGUUCAGUCAGUUAUACAAAAUACUAAAUAACAACAAGAAAAAAGAAUAUAAAAUGUUUGCAAAUUAUGAUUUACGUAAUAUGCGUUUUAGAGACACGAUAAGAGUUGUAAUAGAAAAGAUUAAUUUUUUAAAUUAAUUAAUAGAAAAAGUAAAUUGUAAUUUAUUCUUAUUAUUAUUAAGUGUAUUAAACAAAAUGCUAAAAAACGUUUUUGGUUGAGGAUCUAUGUCGAUAUUGUCCAAUACUUCCCAGAAGUUUCAAAAAGGAAGUCAUGACUCACAUAAAUGAGAAGCUCACCGGGAUGGAGGAGACUCGACGAGCAUCGUAAUUAAUCGUGCAAGCGUAAAUGAGAGACGAUCGUCGUGGGACGCGGAGGUGAUCCAUAGAUCGUGUCGGGGGCGAUCAGUCGCGGUAGCGCGGGCGAGGCGAGGGAAGGGUGGCAAGAUGGAACUCUUCCUAAUCCUCGUUUGCCUGAUCGCGCCGCCCGCCCUCUCGCUCUCCAUCAAAAGCAAGGUCAACCCACGGAUCGUCCAGACACGCUACGGCGAGGUGCAGGGCGUGACGAGGUCCUUCGAGUACGCCAAGUUCCUCAAGCCGAUCGACGUUUACCUCGGAAUACCCUACGCCACACCGCCGGUCGGCAGCAACCGCUUUUCCCCGACGAGAGCGCCGAGUCCUUGGGAGGGAGUCAGAUUAUCGGACUCGGUGGGUCCAGUCUGUCCCCAAAAGCUGCCGGACAUCACAAACGAGCAGGAAGCGCUCGAGCGAAUGCCUAAGGGAAGACUAGAGUAUCUGAAGAGAUUGCUGCCUCAUCUGCGUAACCAGAGCGAGGACUGCCUCUAUCUGAACAUCUACGCACCUGCCAUGGGCAUGGCGGAGAGCGGCAGGAAGCAUCCGGUGUUGCUGUACAUUCACGGUGAAAGCUACGACUGGGGCAGCGGAAACCCAUACGAUGGUAGCGUCCUAGCGAGCUACACCGACCAAGUGAUCGUCACCAUGAACUACCGGUUGGGCGUGCUCGGCUUCCUGAACGCCAACGUGGCUCCGCAGACCAAGGCAAGGGUUGCGAAUUAUGGCCUCAUGGACCAAAUCGCUGCCCUGCACUGGGUUAAGGAGCACAUCGCACGUUUCGGAGGUGAUCCCGAAAAUGUCACCCUUAUGGGCCAGGGCACCGGGGCCGCUUGCGUACAUUUUCUCGCCAUUAGCCCCACCGUUAUUCGGGGAUUAUUUAAGCGAGCUAUACUACUGUCGGGCAGCGCUCUUUCAUCCUGGGCCGUGGUGGAAGAUCCUGUAUCCUACGCUCUGAAAUUAGCCAAAGCUAUCAAUUGCUCCAUUCCUGAUGAUCUUCUCAAAGAUAAUGAGCUUAUAGUUGAUUGUUUGAGAGAAAGCAGUCUGGACGACCUAAUGCAAGUCGACAUUCAGCCCCCGACGUUUCUUAGCGCGUUUGGUCCAAGUGUCGAUGGUGUCGUUAUCAAACCAGAUUUCCAAAAGGAUCUUCUAUCCUACCUCGGUCCUGAGUUUCAAGGAUUUGGCCCUCUCUCAAAAAAGGCUGAACACGGUGCACCAAUUACAAGCAACAACAAGUAUGAUUUAUUGUUUGGCGUGACAACGAGUGAGGCUUUGUGGAAGUUUGCGGAGAAAGAUGUCCUGCAAGGAUUCGAAGGAGAAAGGAGAGAUAGAAUCAUCCGCACGUAUGUGAGGAAUGCUUACGUCUAUCACCUGACUGAAAUAUUUUAUACAGUGGUGAAUGAAUAUACUGACUGGGAGCGAACAGUUCAACAUCCUGUCAACACGAAGGAUGCGUGCGUGCAGGCGUUGAGCGAUGCACAGUUCGUGGCACCGCUUGUACAAACUGGAGAUCUCUUCACCCUGAGACACACUAAGAAACCAAACAGUCCUCACAUUGCACCGAUCCUCGAUAGCGAAGAAGAACCCAUGCCCAAGACCUACUUCUAUGUGUUCGACUAUCAGAUGAAAGACGGCGAUUAUCCUCAGAAGAUGGGCUCGGUGCACGGCGAAGAGCUUCCAUUCGUCUUCGGGGCACCAUUGUGGGUGGAGGGAUUUGGCCAUUUUCCGAAAAACUACACGAGACUGGAAAUGGCACUCUCGGAGAGUAUCAUGCAGUAUUUUGCGAACUUUGUGAAAACUGGAAAUCCGAAUAUUAUUGAUCACCAUGGGAGGAACGAGACUCUUUUGCCAGCUAGUAGAGAAAAAAGUCGAUUUCGCAGUUUGUCCUGGGAACAAUAUGAUCCAGUACAUCAAAAAUAUUUAGAAAUUGGGAUGAAACCAAAAAUGAAGAAUCAUUAUAGAGCGCAUCAGCUAUCGGUCUGGUUGCGCCUUGUCCCAGAACUUCAUCGUGCUGGAAUGGAAGAUGUCGAUUCCAGACACAACUUGUUCCGUGGCCAUAGCGACCCUAGUUUAUACGACGGCUUCGUGAGACCAGAUCCUCUCAGCAGGAUCAGUGAAGAGUUCAAGAGGAAGAACCUUAGCACAGAUCCACCAACCACGACGGAUUAUAGCAUCACGACAUGCGUCAGCCUUAUUCCGGGCACCAAUCUUCAAAACGUCCAUAAUGCCAGCACUGACACUUUAGCCAGCUUGGACGCUGCUGGAUACGCGGCGUAUUCUACAGCUUUGAGCGUAACAAUCGCAAUUGGCUGCAGUCUGCUGAUCUUAAAUGUCCUGAUAUUCGCUGGUGUCUAUUAUCAAAGGGAUAAAACGCGGCUUGAAGUGAAGAGCCUUCAGCAGCAACAGAUGUUAAAUCAACAAUGCGGUCCCCGCGGUUUCACCGAACUGAAACAACCACCGCCUCCGCAUUCCCAUUAUGCUGGUGGAGGCCAAGUAAUUGUCGACGUCGAGAAUGAAAUGUUAAGGAGGAAUGUAAUGAAGGGUCCUUCUAACGAUUCCAGCAUUCCUUUUCAAGGCCAAGGUACUCAUACACUGCCUCAUCAACAUCAUUACCAAAAACAGCACCAGACACAGCAUGCCACUCUUCCUCGUCAUACUACUUCAGUCAUACAAGACAUCAAUACGCAAACUCAAGGUCCUCCAAACGGAUCCAUCCAUUUAACGGUUCCACGGGCUCCUCCGCCGCCUAGAGCGAAGAGUCCGCCAGAGAAUCAGCCUCUUUUGCAAAGCGCAACAGUUUCUAGUCGUGUGUCGCAGGCGACGAUGAGCGAGAUGCGAGUGUGAUGCUUAGACCCCCCUCCGAAGCCAGUCGUCCCAGAUGUCCUCACGGCGUCGACCUUACUCUAGGCAGUUGGUCGCAGACCUGUUGAAGUAGCUUUGGAUGGCUACUAACAUUUCGACGGGUCGACACAGGAUGUCCCAGGGAACGUGAGCUCCGGACGAACGGAGGGGGGUGCUGGAGAGAGUGGUUCCUCAUAGCUGAGGGAUGGUCGAGCCAAAAUUGUCUAUCGGGUCUAUCGAAUAUAAAAGAGAAUCGAAAUGCGCUCUUAUGAAUUUAGAAAGGCGGAAUUUGCAUUUUAAGCUGAGAAAAUACAAAUUAAAAUAUAAAUUAAAAAAUAUGUAAAUUUAAGAGAAGAUUUCUUAUUAUAAGUAUCUUAAAACUUAAAGAUAUAAGGCUUACACAAUGCAUUUCUGCAAGACAGUGGAGACUUGAAAUUCUUUUAUAAAGAAAUUAUGAUUUUAUGUAACCAAAAUAAUUGGUUAAUAAAAACACAGUUUACAAUUUAAUAUAAUGACGUAAAAUGUAUAAAAGGUUUUUAAAAAAAUAUCUCACAAUAAUUAAUUAAUAAUGAUUAAUUUAACAUUAUAAACAAACCAGUACAAAUGGACAGCGCCUUGCUUGAAAUUCUUUAAUAUUCGAUAGACGUUGGUAAAGAUUUAUGGAAACAUAUAAAAAGAAUGAUGGCAAAUCAAGCGAUCAUCCUGGAUCAAUCGAAAUUUCAAUCAAAUUUUAUGUAAAGGAAUCAAAACAACGUAUUCCUCUAAUUAGUCGUUAAUGAAGAAUCUCUAGUCGUUAAAGGAUAUGAGAAAAGUGGUGGACGGCUCAACAUGAAUUGACGGCUAUGAAGAUGUAAAAAAGAAAUACUCUAGCCACUACAGUGUUAGAUGUUCCUUGUACAUAACAUGAAUUUAUAUAUACCAUAAAGACGCCAAAGUUUGCUACUUUCUAAGAAAAAUAUUCGCAUCAUGCGUAUCAUUUAUAUCAUUUUGUUUUUCGGUUGGUGUGUUGAUAUCCACGCGUGACAUCAUGUUGUUGUAAUGUAGGAGAAUGAAUGUAGAAAAAAUGUUCAAGAGCAUAACGAGGGACUUGUUCAUCGAUGAGAGUGGAGUGAAUUUUUGAAAUUUUCAAUCUUUAAAUCUUUUUAAAUCUAAAAUUCUUCUCUUACGAAAAAUAUUAUGUACAUACGUUUCAUUAUACAUCUAUGGAAUUUUCUUUCAAAUACUUCAUUUAUUUAUCAAUUUCUGUAACUACUUAAUCAUACACGAAUUAGGACUAAUAUGAAAGGGAAUCGUCGAUGCAAGCGAUAUCGCUCGUUAUCAUUGCUCCAGUUAAUACGAUUGCCAUGCAGGUGGCUCAAUUGCGAACGUAUGUAUUGCACAUGUGAAUUAUGAUACACGAUACGCACAUAGCAUGAUCUUCGUACCCUCUCUGUGUAUGCGUAUCUACACAUGCAUAUGUGUUUUAUAUAUUAUAAAGAGAUCGAAUAAUUUUAAGUCAUUAUCAUGAAUGUUUCUAAUUUUCUUUAUUUUUUUCAACACAUCUCUUUGUAUACCAAAUAUGAACUACUACGGAACAACGUAAGCAUUAUCUUCGUCUUUUAUACUUCCUGUAAAUUCGUAAAACUUUGACAAGAUGCUAAAUCUCGUUAAAUAAUGUAUUUUACAUUCAGACGUGUCACUCAUAACGUAAAUCGAUUUCCUUCGAAACUGUUACCUUUCUCGCAAAACACCACAAAACGAUUCGAUGUAUUUAACCAUGUGGUAUGGAUCCUUCAAAGUUCAACUUCCAUCGGAUACAUGGUAUGUGAUUAUCUUUUUUUUUGUAUAAAUAUAUACAUAUAUAUAGGUGUAUAUAAAAAUAAAGACUAACGUAAAACUAUUAUACAUAAUACACUGCCACAAGACUACAAAAAUUAAUAUGGAAAGCUCACACACAUACGAACUGCAAUUCUUUUCAUAUUUCAUAAAAUAAUAAAUUUCUAAAAUAAAUUUAUCUAUUUAUUUAAAAAUACUGAACAAAGUAUAUGUGUAUUUGUGCAAUAGACUCCAAAGUUAAUUUAUAUUAAAAUAAAAUUUUCAUUUAACUGCUUUAUUUAACUAAUUUUUUUCUUUACACAAAAUUAAUUUAUUGUUUAAAAAUAAAAAUUUUAAAAACGUUUAACGUUUUAAGUCUUUAAAUUGGAAGAAUAAAAAAGAAUAAAAAAAAAACAAUAAAAUUGGAAUGUUAUCAAAAUUUUUGCAAAGAACCAUAUAUUGAUAACUCAAUAGAGGAAAGUCAAAGUUUUGUACAUAUGCACCUUUGCGAAACAUGAAAAAUAAAGGCUGCAUUUUACUUGCUUUUUAAGCAAAACGAGACGAUCGCGGCCACAAAGUGGCUUAGUUAGCUCCUAAAAUCCUUGAAUCUUUGGGUCCUCAUAAUCAAAGGAUCUUACCGUCCUAGAAGGAUCUUAUACUUUUGUAUUGAACUAACUCGAGUUCGUAGAGCGGAAAGAUCCCAAAUUGGCUGCAAAAACACCUGCUCAUAAAACCUUGGUGAAGGAAGAAUGUAAAAAUAUUAUGGAGCCGCGCGUGAUGUCUGACAAGAAAUAAUGGCGAAACGAUUAAGGUGCGUUCGUGAUUGGAAAAAUAAAAUCAAAGUAAAAAACGACGCCAUAUCGCCGAACAUAAAUUUUAGAAUCACUCGCAAACGUAAAAUAAAUAUUGUGGGCGUUGUACGAUAUCAUCAUCAAGUACGGGACAAUCCGAAUAUAUUAAAGAUUAAGAAACAAAGGUGGUAAUAAUAGGUAAAAGUGAACGGAAGAAAAAUUAGGGCGAGAAAGAAAAUGAAAAGAGAAAAAUAUGUCGGACAGUUAAGCAGAUGUUUAAGAAAUUUAAAUAACAUAUUAUAUAUAAUAUACACAUAUUAUACAUUGUAAUAAAUUAUUAUAUGACGGAUAUUAUUAUAUUUAUGUGAGACCUUUAGCUCUCUCUGGCCUCGCGCUCUCCUAGAACGAUACCUCGAUUAUACUUUCCGGCCGAGGGCGAGGCUACCUGUUAUGUUUAACGUUUUGUUGUCAAAUUGUAAAUACAUAACGAUAUACAUGGAAA